ACGGGUGUCUGACAUCAAUAUCGGGUGGAAGAUGGAGGGAGCGUAUCGGGUGGUGCGGAACACCAACUUUAAGGAGGUGGUGGCAAAGAAAAUUAUCUCAGAACGAAGUACAGUUAAUAUUACAAGAAAAUUGCUCUUUGAAAACUGAAAAGGGAUAUUUACAAAAAAAAAAUAAUGGAUUAAAUAAUCAAAUAGAAAAAUUGGAAAAUCAAGUUGAAAGAUUAGAAAAUAAAAAUGAAAGAUUAGAAAAUAAAAAUGAAGAAGAAAGACAACAAGCUAGACAGAAAAGACAACAGGCUAGACAAGAGAGACAAAAUUUACAAAAAAAUUUCUUGCUUAUAAUUAUUAUUUCAUUUUUCUUUUUACUUUCUUGUCAAUUUGGUUUUAACGAAUAUA